AUGGCUAACAGAUAUCCACCAAUCGAGUUGCUUCCAGCACGAGGCGAGGUUGUACGAGAAGAAGAUCUCAAGAUGAAUCAGGUUAGAAAGCAUCUUUACUUUAUAAAAUUACCAUUUUUAUACGGUUAAUAUCAUUUUGUAUGAAUACCUCUUUUAGCAUUUAAUGAAAGGCGCAGAAUUCGUUAUAAAUAAGACCUGGGACAAUAAGGACAUUGACCACGAUCCCAUCGAAAUCUCGAUGAAAUGGCACUUUGAGAAGAUUCCGAAACGACCUCACAAACGAGUAAUCAGAGUUAAGAUACAAGCUCCAUUGUUCGAUGACCCAGAACCACCUAACGACGGUACUGGAUACGUUUCUAAUGUGAGUUGUGUGUACCGUUGAAAAGAGAAAGUCAAAGACAAACUUUUACAAUUUUAACGAAUUUUCUAUCAAAAUAUACCUCAUGAGAUAAAUCUUACGCAAAACACAAGUUUCAAAAUUAUAUUUUUAAUGUCAUUUUUAGUUGUACGACUACGAAGUAGUGGAGUUCUUCUUUAUGAACGAGAAGGGACAAUAUCUGGAAGUAGAAGUAGGACCACAUGGCCAUUGGUUGGUGUUACUGUUUGACGGUUACCGGAAAUGUAUUAAUAAUGGAGAAGACAUUGAUCUGGAAGUCAAAAACGAGUUUGAUAUGGACGUUUGGAACAGCACGGUGGACAUUCCUUUGGCCUACUUGCCUGGAGGUAUGUAACUUUACCAAUCUUUUUGUGUUAUUACCGAGCAAUAUCUUGUGUUUGACAUACUUUACUUUGUAUUCUUUAGAAGUGACAAGGUUUAACGCGUACGCGAUUCACGGAUCUGGAGAUGACCGACAUUACGAAGCUCUAUCGCCGGUGACAGAUGGUGAAGUUAGUGCACCCGACUUUCACCUCAAACAAUACUUUCAAUUAUUCGAUAUACGACGAGUCGUGCCCGAAGGAUAUAACAGAAAAGCAUACACAGAUAUGAAAUACGGAAACAUGUGGGAUUCCGUCGACGAUGAAGAAUAA